AUGGAUUGUGCUUGUCUAUUCCCAGAAGUCACUCGUGUUUCUAGGAACCAUGCAUCAGUCUCUGCCUCUUACAUGGAGAUUUCGAAACAUUCAUUGAAGUCCCUUUCUCAAGCUCUAAAAGGGGUUUGUGAUAUCCCAACUUCACAGCUUCCUCAACCCAUCAUUAAAGGGGAUAAACCUUCUGUUACCAUUCUAGAAGAUGAAUACAAAGCUGGUCUUGAUGAAUGCAAGAAUAAUUUAUAUGGAAGAGUGAUAUGGCCAAAAGUGAAAAACUGGGGAGUUCAAUCUCUGGGUAAAGGCUACUAUGAGUUCACUUUUUCUAGCAUCGAGGAUAUGCAAAUAGUUAGAGCCUCUGGUUCUAUCAGUUCAAAUCUCGGUUCUUUGAAGCUCUUUGAUUGGACAAGAGAUUUCAAUCCAGCUUCGCAAAAUAAUACUUUUGCUCAAGUUUGGGUUUGA